AUGACAGACUCUAACCUUCGCUUUUUGUUUGGCAUCUUGAACAUAUUGGGAUUGUUUCUGCUAUCCUUUAUACCAUGGCCAGCCCCUCCGCCAAUCUUCAUCGGGCUGCCUGCAAAAAUAUUGCAGCUUAUCGCCGUAUUCUACAAGGUUGAGUACGUGCACAUGGUUUGGCGAUGGAUCAGAUAUGAGCCUGUGCAGCCUCCCUCGAAUGACGACAAGCUACCGUUCAUCAGCAUCGUCAUACCAGUCUUCAACGAGUCCGAGUUUGUCAAAAACUCAAUCAAGUCCAUUGAACUUUCAGACUAUCCCAAAGACAGGAUUGAGUUGAUUGUCAUUGAUGAUGGCUCUACUGACGACACGUGGGAACAUGUCAACAAGGCUGCAGGCUCCGUCUCCGCGUGCGGCAUAACACUUCGGCUCUUACAGCAUGCUGUCAAUAUGGGCAAAAGGAAAGCCAUCCAGUCAGGAUUUGCUACCGCACUUGGAAGUAUCAUCAUAUCCCUUGACUCAGAUAGCGUCGUGGAGAAGGGCGCACUUCGCAACAUCGUGAGUCCUCUGAUCAGGGAUCCUUCGAUCGGCGCUGUUGCUGGACACUUGACUGUUCUGAACAUCUCGAGCAACAGCAUCUUCUCGUUCCAGAGUCUUUUGCCGCGCCUACUUGACAUCGUCUUCGAUCAUAUUGGUAACCUACCGCGCUCAGCACUCUCAGCUGAGGGAUUCGUCACCAUCCUUCCCGGUGCUUUCUCGGCAUUCCGUGCCGAUGCCGUUCAGUCUCAUAUCGACAGGCUAUGCACAAGCACAUUCUUUGGCUCACCUCUAAAGCACGGCGAAGAUAUGGAGCUUGCAUACCGCAUUCUCUGCGACGGCUGGAGGACGGUUUACCAAAGCAACGCUGUCGUUCAUACCAUGGCCCCUGAGACUCUCGAAAAGGCGUUGCUCAUGUUUUCUCGAUGGGAACGCACCAACUAUACAUUCCUCUGCAUGGGAUAUCCAGCUCUGACAGUGCAGAAGACAUUGAGACUAUGGCUUGCAAUGCGGCCGAGACGCGUCCAGCCCAUGGAAUUCGUGGAUAAGGAAAAACAGGAAGACGAACCAUUUAUCAACAAAGACGGCACGGGAAGCAUAUAUCCAUUCAUCAACGUGGCGUGCAUCUGGCUGAAGGGGCCCUUGAUGCUCCUGGUCACCUACACGUUGCUGCGAUGUGUGAUUCUAUACCCCAGACACGCCCUUUGGAUAUUAUUGGAGAUCUCAAUCCUGACAGUUUGGAGAAGCUUCAUGCUUAUUCCAGAUGCCCUUCGAGAAAAAGAUACUGAAUUUGUUUCUGAUGUCGGAGAGCUACAAAUUUAUCACACAAGUGGUAGGCUGGUAUGGCGCUUGAUGCUCUCCUGGCUUGCAGGGAUGUUUCAGUUGGGGGUUUUGAGUUGGACCUCGAUAUUUGGAAUUCUGACUUUGAAGAGCCAAAAGUGGUGGACAAGAUGA